AUGUAUGCGCAUAAAGAUUCAAGCGGAAGAGUAACAGACGAAUUUCUCAGCGGAGCAGAGAUAUUCAUGUACCAGGCCGGACAGACGCCUCUAACAAAGGAAACGGGUAAAAUGUUAUGUCCUUGUCGUAAAUGCAACAAUACGAAGUUUGCUGCUAGUGAUACCGUUUGGAAACAUAUAGUAAAUAGAGGAUUUACUCCACAUUACUAUAUUUGGUUUAACCACGGAGAAGGUGAUAGUAGGAAUGAAGCUAGUAGUAGUAAUCAGGUUGAAAAUGUUCGUAAUAGAGUUGAACCACAUUUGCCUUCUGAAAGUGUCAUUCAAGAAGAUCAUAUGGUAGAUCAUGAUAGAAUGCAUGAUAUGGUUACCGAUGCAUUUCGUGAAACUACAUCAGUAAUAGGGGAGGUCGAAAAUGUAGAGGGGCCUAACUUGGAUGCAAAAAGAUUUUAUGAAAUGCUAGCAGCAGCUAAUGAGCCAAUUUAUGAAGGUUGUAGAGAAGAGUAUUUGCCUGAAGAGAAUUUGUGUGCUGAAUCUUAUUAUGAGAUUCAGAAACUUGUUCAUAGUCUUGGUUUACCUUCGGAGAUGAUUGAUGUUUGUAUAGACAACUGUAUGAUAUACUGGGGAAAAGACGCAGAAUUGUUAGAGUGUAAAUUUUGCAAGAAGCCACGAUAUAAACCGCAAGGACGUGGACGGAAUAGGGUGCCGUACCAGCGGAUGUGGUACUUACCUAUUAAGGAUAGACUGAAGAGAUUAUAUCAAUCUGCGAAGACGGCAGCAUCGAUGAGAUGGCAUGCAGAACAUGAUCAGAAGGAAGGAGAGAUCAAUCAGCCCUCUGAUGCAAAAGCUUGGAAGCACUUGAAUUCGGUGUACCCUGAUUUUGCAAGCAACCCCCGCAACGUUUAUCUUGGGCUCUGCACAGAUGGCUUUAGUCCAUUUGGAAUGUCUGGAAGACAAUACUCGCUUUGGCCAGUCUUCUUGACGCCAUACAACCUUCCACCAAAGAUGUGUAUGGAAAAAGAAUUGCUUUUCAUGAGUAUAUUGAUACCUGGACCAAAACAUCCUAAGAGGUCCCUUGAUGUUUUUCUACAACCUUUGAUAGAAGAAUUGAAGGAAUUGUGGUCAACAAGCGUGCAAACAUAUGAUUGUUCGACGAAAACAAACUUGACAAUGCGAGCAGUUCUAUUGUGGACUAUUAGUGACUUUCCUGCAUAUGGGAUGUUGUCAGGUUGGACGACGCAUGGAAGACUAUCUUGUCCAUAUUGUAUGGGAAGCACAGACGCAUUUCAGUUGAAGAAUGGUAGGAAGACGUCUUGGUUUGAUUGCCAUCGAAGAUUUCUUCCCAUUAACCAUCCAUACCGAAGGAACAAGAAAUUGUUUCGGUCAAAAAAGGUUGUACGGGACACCGCUCCAUCAUAUUUAUCUGGAGAGGAAAUCGAGAAGGAUAUUGAUUACUAUGGUGGAUGCAGCACAGUCAUCAAAGGCGGUAAUUGUCAUACUCCUGCAAAUAUGUCUGAUGGUUACGGGACUCAGCAUAAUUGGCACAAGAAGAGUAUAUUUUGGGAACUUCCAUAUUGGAAAGAUCUACUUCUGCGCCACAAUCUUGACGUGAUGCAUAUAGAGAAGAACUUCUUUGACAACAUCAUCAAUACAUUGUUGAAUGUCCCCGGCAAGACAAAAGAAAACAAGAACUCAAGGUUGGAUUUGCCUGCAUUAUGUUCUCGGAUUGAGCUGCAUAUUAGAAACGAUGGGAGAAUUCCAGUUCCCAUUUUCAGAUUGUCAGCAGAAGCAAAAGCAGCGUUGUUCAAGUGGGUGUCAUCAGAUGUGAAGUUUUCUGAUGGAUAUGUUUCAAAUCUAUCAAGAUGUGUUGAUCAUCAGGGACAGAAGUUUUCAGGGAUGAAGAGUCAUGACUGUCAUGUUUUUAUGCAACGACUUCUACCAUUUGCAUUUGCGGAGUUGCUUCCAAAAAAUGUUCACGAAGCACUUGCAGAUGUCAUCAGACAACUUGAUGAGAAUAUCCGGAUCUUGAUGUGCAAUUUGGAGAAAAUUUUUCCUCCGUCCUUUUUUGACGUCAUGGAACAUCUGGUUAUCCAUCUUCCGUAUGAGGCACUACUUCGUGGACCUGUUCAUAAUGGAUGGAUGUAUCCUUACGAGCGAGCUAUGAAAUAUUUGAAAGGGAAAGCAAAAAAUCUGGCAAGGGUGGAAGGUUCAAUAGUUGCUGGGAGUUUGAAUGAGGAAACAUCUCACUUUACGUCCUACUACUUUGGGUCACAAGUCCAGACACGGAAAAGGACUACGAGCAGAUAUGAUGAUGGUGGUGUUAUACCGACAUAUUUUGGUGAAGAUGUUCCAGAUAUUUUCUGUCAGAUUGGACGGCUAGGUGGAAAACUGAAAGAAGUUUGGUGGUCGAGUUCAGAAGACGCUCAUAGUGCCCACACAUAUAUACUCCUUAACUGCGAGGAGAUUGAGUUAUUUGAAAGCGAUUUUGUUGCCCAAGUCGAAGAGGCUAUACCAGGAGUAUCAAACAAUGAUCUCAACAAAAGGAAAGACCAACACUUUGUGAAAUGGUUAAAAACGCAGGUUCAGUAUGAUGAUCAAUUUUAUCCUCAGUGGUUUCACGAAUUGAUACAAGGUCCGGUCGGUAAGGUCACCACAGCACCAAUGUAUUUCACACGAGGAUACACUUUUCACACUUACGAAUAUGGAAGUCGGCGAGCAACAAUGAAUUAUGGAGUUUGUGUAAAAGGUGAAACAGAUUUCUAUAGAAUCAUACAAGGGAUCAUCGAAGUGGAGUUUCCCGGCGUAAUAAAGCUUAAAUGCGUUCUUUUCAAAUGUGACUGGUUUGACCCCACAAUCAACAGAGGUGUUCGGUAUAUCAAGUUUGGUGUUGUUGAUGUAAAUGCUACACGGAGGUACAACAAAUUUGAACCUUACAUAUUGGCUUCUCAAGCAGACCAAGUUUGUUUUGUUCCAUAUCCGAGGAUCAGACAAUCUGGAAUAUCUUGGUUAGCCGCUAUGAAAGUUACACCUCGGAGCCGAGUAUUGAGUACUGAUGAACAACCGCCUUUACAAGAAGAUGCCGUGAAUGAAGUAGAAGUACCCGAACAAGCGGAAGAUGUUAUUUUACUCAUUGAUCCGCAUAAUCUGGGAUAUGAAGAACUUCCAGAAGAUACAAUGGACGAAGCCAACGAAGAUGAAUUUGAAGAAAAUGAUGAAGUGGAUGAUGUUUUUGAUGACGAGUGA